AUGAAUCAUACAUAUAGUGGUACUUCUCAAAUAUAUCAUAAUUAUUUAGAUUCUGAAAAUUAUAAAAGACAUUGUGCUAAUGAAAAUAGAAUAGUAAGUCAAAAAUUAUUAAAAAAUUAUUGUCAAUCAAGGCAUAGUCCUAUAGAUAAUUGUCAAACUACAACAAACUCUAAUUUAAGAAAGGAAAAAUCAUUAUUACAUCAUCAGUCAACAUUUCCUAUCAAUACAAACAAUUUAUCUAGUGAUUCAUCAAAUAACAUAACUUCUUUUACUCAAUCAUCAAAAGUUACUACUUUUCCUAUUACAAAUCAUUCAACUAUAUCAUUAGAAAAUUUAAAUAUUUCACAAAAAUCAUAUUCAUCUUUUGGAAAUAAUUUAAGUACAACAUCUUUUAAUAAUUUUGUUUCUUUAAAUAACAAUACAUCAUUUUUGAUAUCAAAGAAAAUUGAUAAUAUUGAUAAUAAAUUAGAAGAAGAAAAUAAUAAUAAUAUCACAAGACCUGUUAUUCAAUCACCAUUAAACAUGUUACAUAGAAGUCCUUCUGGGGCAGCUAGGCGUAUACGACAAAGAAGAGAAGAAAAUUCUCAACGCCAAUUUCCAAUUUUGUCAUCUCCAAAUUCAUCCUCUUUCAAUAACAGGUCUUUUCAAUCUGAACCUGUAGUAGGAACUUUACCAUCAAGACAAACUAUGAUUGAAGGAGAUAAUGAAUAUGUAAAAAAUGAUUCUUCACAGAUGGAUUAUCGUGAUUUAAUGAACUCAUCCUCCUAUAAAUCUAUACUUCCAGAAGAUGACUUUAAUAUCUCCUAUUCACGUCCUCCACAACGAAUUCUUUGUAAUAAUUCAACUUUUACAUCUAAUGCUAGUAAGGCAGAAGAUUCUGGUUCAGAAGAAUCUUCAUAUCCUGAAACAAUGUAUACAACACCAACACAAUUUCAGGAAAUAGAUCAUAAUAUUGUUACAAUGGAAUCAAACAAGUUUUUAGAUAAAAUAGAUUUUUCAUCUUUACUAUCUACUACUACCACUACAACAACAACAACAACACCACCAACAAAUGAUGAGUAUAAUCAACCUAAAGUAAUUGUACCACCAGUUCCACCAAAAAGGACUUCUUUAGCAUCUUCAGGUGAUGGUUCUUCAUACUCAUCAUAUACAAAAACUACUGGUACAGUAAACAAUAAUAUUUCAAAUGAUCAUAAACCAAUUAUUGAGGUACAUCCCAUGCCAGUACCAAGAAAAAGUCAUAUUCAAUGUGAAGAAUCUUUAUUAAGUGUAGAGAAAAAUAAUGACAAAAAAAUUCCACCUCCUCUUCCUAAAAAACCAAGUAAAUUUAUAUUUAAAGGAGAGGCAAAUUCACCUAUAAUAUUUAAAUCAACUGAACCAUAUUAUAGUCAUAAUCAAUCAUAUUCCUCACCAAUUCCACCAUCACCUUCAUUAAAAAUAUGUGAUCAAUACAAAGAAAGUCCUAUGGUUAGACAACGUUUUGAUUCCCUACCAUCUCUUUCAUCAUCUAAUACACCACAUGGUAAUAAUAAAGAAAAUGAAAGAAAUAAUGAAAGUAGUGAAAAAGAAUCAACAUAUAAUAAUUUAUUUAUUAAAAAUCAAAAUGGAACAUCUUCAUUAUCUAUGUCAACAUCAAAUCUUUAUUCCUCUGCUUAUAUGUCAACUUCGACAACUGUAUCAUCAGCUCAAUCAACAGAAUCAUUAAAUCAAUUAUUUACAAGUCCUUCAAUGUUAUCAUUACAAAAUGCCUACAAAAAUUAUCCAUUGAUGACAGAACAGGAUCUUGAGAUGCUUGAAGAGAAACGCAAAAAUUUAGUUGAAAGUUUAAGUAGAAAAAUGCGGGUAUUAGAGGAGGAGAAGGUAAUGAUUGAUGAAGAUAUAUAUGAAAAUGAAGAAUUUAAAAAACGAUUUUUUCAAAAAAUUGAUUUUGAUCCACAAAUGUUAAUGCGCCUUAAUAAUCAUAUUGCUCAGGCAAAGACUCUUUCAUUAUUAGAAACAAAAAUUAAUCUUCAAUUGGAGAGACUUGAUAAUUAUUUAACAAAUGAGAAUGAUGUCGAUCCAUCACUUUUUGAAUUUUGUCAAACUAGAAAAAAUAGACUAACUGAACAAUUAAGUGAUUCAUCAAUGUUACGAAAUUUACAUAGAUCAAGAGAUGUAGAAAUUGAGAAUAUCUUAUCAUCAAAAUACUUUUUACAACCAGAACAAAUGGAUGAAUGGAGAAUUUACAAAGAUUCUUUAGUUAGAUUAUUAACAGAGAAACGACAAAUGGAAGACCGGUUAAGUCAAGCAAAACAUCAAUUAGCAAUUCUUGAUACAUUGGCUUUACAAGCAAGUGCUUUAAUGAAAAAUUUAUCAACAUCUAAUAUUCAUGGUAGAGAGAUUUCAAGUGGCGGUAGUAGUAUGAUUAGUAGUAGUGAUAAUAGUAGAGCAAAUACUUUGGAUAGUGGUGAAAUUAUUGUAGGAGACUUGAGAAGUAGCAACACUAUCAAUAAUAAUAACAACAACACUUCAACAGCUCUUAUUGUAUAA